GCUGCUGCCGCCGCUGGCGCCAUGGCAGGCGCGCAAGUGCACAUGUGCCAGACCAUCUUUCCCGCUCACGCUAACCACCUCGGGGAGCUCAGCCCCGGCCAACUCCUCAAAUGGAUCGACACCACAGCCUGCCUGGCUGCGGAAAAACAUGCCGGCAUUCCUUGUGUGACUGCAUCGGUGGAUGAUAUACAAUUUGAAGAGACUGCCAGAAUUGGACAAAUUGUCAGCAUUAAUGCAAAGGUAAACCGGGCAUUCACUACCAGUAUGGAGGUUGGUGUCAAAGCUACAUUACAGGAUCCCCUAACUAAUGUUCAAAAACUGAUCAGUGUGGCUUUCUCUACAUAUGUGGCAAGACCAGUAGGUAAUGACAAGGUUGUCUUAAAACCAGUAGAGCUUCUCACCACACAAGAUUUCCUAGAGCAUUCCUCCGCUGCUGAGAGAAGAAAAAUCCGACUAGAACAUGAUCAUGUCUUCAAGAACUUGAUGGAAGAAUCUCGCAUGGGUGAUGACCAUGUUUGCGAUAAAGAAGAAAAUAUGGUUCCCACAGAUGUCACCCAUGUGCAGAGCAUUGAACUUGUCUUGCCUCCUCAUGCCAAUCAUCAAGGAAAUACAUUUGGUGGGCAAAUUAUGGCUUGGAUGGAGACAGUGGCUGCUAUUUCAGCAAGUCGCCUGUGUAGUCUUCACCCGAAUUUGAAAUCAGUAGAUAUGUUUAAAUUCCGGGGACCCUCAACUGUUGGGGACCGCUUGGUUUUCAAUGCUAUAGUUAACAAUACUUUUCAGAAAAGCAUUGAAGUUGGGGUUCGUGUUGAGGCCUACAACUGUGAAGAAUGGGGCAAAGGCCAAGCACGGCAUAUUAACAGUGCCUUUCUCAUUUUUAAUGCUGUAAAUGAAGAUGGAGAGCUUCUUACCGUCCCCAAAAUCAGAUCCACUACAAGGGAUGGUUUAAGGAGAUAUUGGGGAGCGAUUGCAUGCAAGAAAAUUCGAUUAGCCAGGACACACGUUCUUCCAAAGACGGAAGAAUAUUGCACCCCUGACUUCUGGGACAGAAGCAACCAGGCAUACAUAAUCAAAAGCAAUUUAACCGCAUUGGUUACCCUGGCAGCAAAGCCUGGAUGGAAAAGAAACAACAGUUUAGACCAUAUAAAAAUGUUCACUUUAGAAGAGACAGAUGUCUUGUCAAUCAAGGUUGAAAUGCAAGUACAGAUACCUUCAGAACUAGCGUUCUUCCUAUUAUCUGACUUCUCACGCCAUGUGCACUGGGCUAAAUACUAUUCAACCUGUAGGGUCAUACAGAGUUUGACAGAAGAGGACAAAAUAUACCACAUUACAUCCCCAUCAGUUAAUGGGAAAAAACCCAAUGAUUUUUUAAUUCUUGUGUCUCAAAGAAUACCCUGUAAGACUGGAGACCCUUACAUAAUAGCUGCGAGAUCAAUUGCUUUGACGGCUGCUCCACCUUCUAAUCAGAACUACUACAGAAGUUCAGGAUUCCUCAUCUACACUGAUGGUAACUCCUCUUUGGUAUAUUACUUCAUCCAAGGUGCACAUGACAUCAUCCCUUAUGUUGCUGCAAAUGUUUUUGGCCAAUCAAAGUGCAUUGAAGAUACAGCUUCUGUGUGUAUCCAGUUCUUGGAGUCAGAGAGCUGCAAGAUGAACUGCAUUUAGUUAAGUAACACUGAAAUACUUGAAAAUCACAAAAAGGGCUUUAAAUCUUGGGCAGAAAUAAUCAUUCACACCAGCGUUAUCAAGCUGUUAAAGCGAACUGCCACCUUAGUUUAUAAUUGUGACAGGCACAAUAUGCCACAUCAUCCAUAUUACCAUUGAA